UGCAAGCUAUCAAGGGGUGGAACUUUCUCCAUCUACAGCAAUUUUUAGUAAUCUGAUCCAAGAUGAGAUUCUGUGAGCACCAGCUAUGUAUUUGCAGCAAGUGGAGGUCCCCAGACUAAAAGCAACAGUCGGAAGAGAUGAAACGCAGGCAUUGACAGAUCAAAACAGUGUGUGGGGGAAAUCCUGCAGCUGAAAUGGCAUGUCAGUGAAGGUUGUGCUUUCUGUUCACACUAAGAGGAAAACAAUGCCCAGAGGAACAAACUGAAAUGCAGGGGAAAACACAUUAAAAACACAUCCUCAGCUUCUUUUCUGAUUUAAAUGUUCUCAUUAAUAUCUAGGAACAAAACUUGAAUGAAACAAGGAUCACUCUUUUUUUUUUACAGUGCUGUAUGAAGGGAACUAUAAAAAAGGAAUAAAAUUAAGGGGAAAGAAAGGAAUGCAUAAUCAUGCAUGUUUUGCAGAACUGAAAGAAGAUUAAUUUAUCAGUCUAUGGAUAUAUACUCGGUAACUUAUGAACAACGGAACCAUAUGGAAUUAUAAACAAAAUUCCCUGAAGUGACAUGGGAUGAGCCAUGGCCCAGCUGUAUUACAGAAGAGCGGAUAAUGCUCCUCACAGAGAUCGCAUUCCUCUGCGUAUAGUGAGAGCAGAGUCAGAGUUGUCCCCUGCAGAGAAAGCUUACUUAAAUGCAGUUGAAAAGGGAGAUUAUGCUAGUGUAAAGCAAGCACUGGAAGAAGCUGAAAUUUAUUUUAAAAUCAACAUCAACUGCAUUGAUCCUCUUGGAAGAACAGCCCUUCUUAUAGCUAUUGAGAAUGAGAACCUUGAAAUCAUCGAACUGCUGCUGAGCUACAAUGUUUAUGUUGGCGAUGCGCUUCUGCACGCUAUUAGGAAGGAAGUAGUUGGAGCCGUUGAGUUACUACUGAACCAUAAAAAACCUAGUGGCGAAAAACAGGUUCCACCAAUCCUGUUAGACAAGCAGUUCUCAGAAUUUACUCCAGACAUUACCCCUAUCAUUUUGGCAGCACACACAAACAAUUACGAGAUUGUAAAACUUCUUGUACAGAAGGGUGUAUCAAUACCAAGACCGCAUGAAGUUCGAUGUAACUGUGUUGAAUGUGUCUCAAGCUCUGAUGUAGAUAGUUUACGCCAUUCUCGCUCCAGGUUAAAUAUCCACAGAGCUCUGGCAAGCCCAUCUUUAAUAGCCUUGUCAAGUGAGGAUCCUUUUCUUACUGCCUUUCAUCUGAGUUGGGAACUUCAGGAAUUAAGUAAAGUGGAGAAUGAGUUUAAAUCAGAAUAUGAAGAACUGUCACAGCAGUGCAAACAGUUUGCAAAGGAUCUCCUUGACCAAACAAGAAGCUCCAGGGAACUGGAAAUUAUUCUUAAUUAUAGGGAUGACAGUAACAUCCUUGAAGAACAAAACUGUAGUGAUCUUGCAAGAUUAAAGUUGGCAAUCAAGUAUCGCCAGAAAGAGUUUGUUGCACAGCCAAACUGCCAGCAGCUGCUAGCAUCUCGAUGGUACGACGAAUUUCCUGGCUGGAGGAGAAGGCACUGGGCAGUAAAACUCUUCAUCUGCUUCAUCAUCGGACUCCUCUUCCCUGUGUUCUCUGUGUGCUACUUAAUAGCACCUAAAAGCAAAGUUGGGAACUUCAUCAGGAAGCCGUUUACAAAAUUUAUAUGCCACACGGCUUCAUAUUUGACUUUCUUACUUCUUCUGCUCUUGGCAUCUCAGCAUAUUGUGCGUCAGGAUCUAAAUAUGCAGGGUCCUCCACCUACAGUCGUUGAAUGGAUGGUACUACCAUGGGUCUUGGGAUUUAUCUGGGGUGAAAUUAAACAGAUGUGGGAUGGAGGUUUUCAAGACUAUGUGCACGACUGGUGGAACCUGAUGGAUUUUGUUAUGAAUUCAUUAUACCUCGCAACGAUUUCAUUAAAAAUUGUUGCAUAUGUAAAGUACAGUGGAAGUAACUCACGAGAACACUGGGACAUGUGGCAUCCAACCUUAGUAGCAGAAGCUUUGUUUGCUAUUGCAAAUAUCUUUAGUUCUUUAAGACUAAUUUCAUUGUUUACUGCUAACUCGCAUCUGGGACCUCUUCAGAUAUCCCUUGGAAGAAUGCUGCUGGACAUUUUAAAAUUUUUGUUCAUAUACUGCUUGGUGCUGUUAGCUUUUGCAAAUGGACUGAAUCAGUUAUACUUUUACUAUGAAACAGAUGGAAGUGGUUGCAAAGGCAUAAGAUGUGAGAAGCAAAAUAAUGCCUUUUCAACGUUAUUUGAAACACUUCAGUCUUUAUUUUGGUCUAUUUUUGGACUGAUAAACCUUUAUGUGACUAAUGUAAGCGCUCGCAAUGCAUCUAGUAUAAGCCCUCGCCAUGAAUUCACGGAGUUCGUGGGGGCCACUAUGUUUGGUACAUACAACGUCAUCUCCCUCGUUGUCUUGCUCAACAUGUUAAUAGCCAUGAUGAAUAAUUCUUAUCAACUUAUUGCUGACCAUGCAGACAUCGAGUGGAAAUUUGCAAGAACAAAGCUUUGGAUGAGUUACUUUGAAGAAGGUGGCACUCUCCCAACUCCGUUCAACAUAAUUGCAAGUCCAAAGUCUGUAUGUUACUUGUUUCUGUGGCUAAAACGACACUUAUGCUGGAAACAAGCGAAAAGGAAACCGGAAAGUUUUGGAACGAUAGGUAGACGUGCAGCUGAUCACGUAAGAAGAAAUCACCAGUACCAGGAAGUCAUAAGAAACUUAGUGAAAAGGUAUGUUGCAGCCAUGAUUCGGGAUGCAAGAACUGAAGAAGGUCUGACAGAGGAGAACUUUAAGGAAUUAAAACAAGAUAUUUCUAGCUUCCGUUAUGAAGUCCUGGGCUUGUUGAAAGGAAAUAAAUUACAUUGUUCUAAAAUUAAUAAAGGACCCUACGGUUCACCUGAUUCUGAGGAAACACUGCCCGAUGACAGAGGUUGGGGUGAAAAAACACAAAAAGGUUCCUUAAGUCUGUUUGAUGUUACUUCCAAGAUUCAUCCAAGAUCAGUUGCAAUUGUCAAAGAUACUAGUAGUGGGAUAAGUAACGGGUCCGUGUUUUCAAUUCCAGACUUCCUCAAAGAGAAGCAAAAGACAAUCAGCUCUGUUAGGGACAAGAAACAUUUUGGAUUAUUUCAAAGAAGACCAAAGUCCAGUGGCAGUGAAAAGGGUAGCAGUAAUAUAUAUUCAGUUUCUGAAGAAGUUGACAAGAAUGAAUUGGAAGAUGAACUCUGCAGCUCAGGAGAUUCAGUAUCAAAUGUCUGUGAUUCAAAUCAGAAAGAUACACCUGAUGAUACUGUUUCAGUGGAAAGAAGAAUGCAAAACACUGAUGAGGUCAUAAAAACACAUUCCUCUGAGGUAUCUACUGACACCCCCAUGGCAGAAGAGAAUGACCUUAUGAAAAAGGAAGGGGAAGGUAUUAAUGAUUCCAUGAGGCAGACAGAAACAGAAUCAGAGACAGUUACAGAGGGCAAAUAUAUAACAACAAGACUGUGACAGUAAAUGGGGAAAACUAAAGCAUCAAAGUAUAUAUUUUGCAGAGUAUUUUUUGAAUGGUAAACAAUCACAUUCUUUAAUCACUGCAUCAAAUCAUAAAAUAUCUGCACAACUGAGUUACUGUUUAAUAUAUCACCAUGAGACUGUACCUACAAAACAUUAUACGCAAACACACACUUCAGUUUCCCAUAUUUUCUGCUAACUUUAAUCUACCGAUUACAUUUAUUGCAAUAAGCCACAAACACUUCAUUAGUACUUUAUUUUGGUGAAUCAUGUUUUUCCUCAUGUCACGAAGUCCAAUGAUAAAUAUUUUUCUAUGCAAAAAUACAAUUUCUACUACAUGUUCCACAAGUUUUCCCAUAUUUUGAAAUGACACAGCUUUUUCAAACACAUUUUAGAAGGUUUUACACAUAACUUGUUUCCUUUCAGCCAUGUUACUUGUGAACGGGGGUUGCUGGAUCUGUCCUAGUUUGCCAAUGCUUUCUUCCUAGUUUUCCUUAAGGAGCUCCAUGAACCUAAAAGUUGUGAGUCUGAUAACCCAAGUUGGCUGCUGUGUCUUUGUUUUCUUUGCAGAAGUAGAACUGAUUACCUUAUUGAUUUUAUGCACUACCUCCAGCUAACUGUAUUCCACAGAGGAAGUAUUUUGGUAAGAGUCAGCAUUUUAAGAUAACAUGCAAGCUCUUUGUAACACUUUUGCAGCAGAAAAAGCACUAACAUAAAUAAUGCUUGUAUAAGCAUUGCCUGAUUAUAUGUCUGCAUUAUGCAAAUGUGGUUUUCUAGUUCAGAUAGCUAAACCAACCCUUUCUGAGUAUACACAAAUUCUAUCAGUUCAGCACAUUUCAUUGUAUUACUAUAAUUUCUUCUCAAGCAGAACCACCACGCCUAAUUUGAUCUUAUGAACUGAUGACAUGAAUGCUGGUUUUCAGCUGCAACUUUACGCAAUAAAAGAUAAAUAAUAAUGAAACCACUGACAAAUCAGUAAUUUAGGGACAUUGCUUAUUAAGGCAGCGAUUAUCACUUUAAUAAGAACUUUUGUCCAUUAAACAUCCAUAUUUUAUCAGACUAAAAGAGAAUUAGGUGUAAGCAUUGUAGGCAUAAGCCGCGGUGGUGCAGCGGUAGCGUUGUCACCUCACAUCAAGAGGUUCUCCUGUUUGAUUCUCG